AGACAUUUAUAUACCACAAACUGUCACCUGUAAAUAUUCAGCCUCAUCAGCACCUUAAUCUACAAUUUGCACUUUCUGGUUAGAUGUAAAUCUGCAUUUACUCGUACAUGUACUAUGUGCAAUGAAAAUACAACUUAAAUCUGAAAACAUUGCUUGGUUAUACAGCUAUUGAUGAAAACUAUAUUACUAUAAUUACCAAUUAUACACGUGUCAUAAAAUUCGUUCGCUAUGAUUUUAUUUUGAAGAUGCUGACAGGAUGUGGUGCGAUGGUUCCUUCUGUAUUGACCUCAAUGGAGCAGCAGUGAUGGAGGACAGCAUCAGCAGCUAGCAUGUCUCCUUAUCUGCAGACUCAUGUUGUGUAGUUGGUGUGUGAGGAUGUGUAGGAGGUUCAGGUACACACAGACACACACCCACACACAUUCUGCAGUCCGCUACCAGCCCAUGUGACCAGGUGAGCGCUUCAAACAAGCUCACUUUAGCUAGCUUUGUUUGUUAGCAUCUCCUCCUCAGGUCUCUGGUAACUCAGCCAAACAAUGACAGUGUCUAAAGCUAAUGCAAAUGAGGCUAAUGUACCAGUGAAGCUUAUCUUAGAAUAAACACACAGUGGUAAUUAGAUCAUCGUAGAACAUGUGUAAGUACAUUUCGAGAUCUAAGCGUUAACGUUCACUUUAGACAUAUUGUUUUUGUUCCUGUUCUCAUGUGUGAUUCAUUGAUCUCUUGCAGACGGGUCAGAUGAGAGUUGAGGUAUGUAGCUGUAGUCCUGCUCUCAUCCGCAGCUCAGUCCUGUGUUAACACAACAAACACACACACACACACAUCCACUCACACGAGCAGCAGCAGGACCGACCCAGACUCCAUGGCGGCCCCUCCUCGCUUCCCCGGCGGGAAGAGUGUGGACGUUUCCCCGGCUAACUGGAGCGGCCCGGCAGCCCUGAGCAGGCCGAUGUGUGUCAACGGGACCCCGUGGAUCCUCUACCUGCUGGAGGAGUGUGUGGACAAUGUGUGGGAGUACUGCAGCGUGGUGAUAGGACUCAUAUCCAUGUUCUGCUUCCUGCUGUCCACUCUACCGCAGGUCUACGAGGCCUAUCGUAAUGGUAAAGUGGAGGAGGCCAUGUCUUUUGGCUUCCUCUUCUUCCUCUUUAGUGGAGACGUGACCAGCUUCGCAGGCUGUUACCUCACCAGCCAGCUGCCUAUUCAGACUGUUACAGUGGUGUUCUACAUCUUCACAGACGUAAUCCUCAUCUCCCAGUUCCUGUACUAUAAGAUUAAGAACAGCUCCAGCAGAAAGAGCCCUGGGCUGAAGUGGCUGUGCUCCAUGUGGUGUGUUGCUGCUACAUUAGUCCUCCUGGCUUUACCCAAACUCAUCAUUGACAAUAGUGCCAAUUUAGACCCCCAGAGUCCAGCUGCCUCUAAAUCGGUAGAAAUCACUGGCUACAUAUGUGGGUACCUGGCGUCGGUCUUCUACCUCUGCUCCCGUUUACCCCAGCUCUAUAAAAACUUCCGGCGACAGUCCACGGAGGGGACCUCUUACCUGUUGUUCGCCCUGGCCAUGAUGGGCAAUGGGACGUACGGGUUGAGCGUCAUCGUGGUGCUACCUGCGCUGAAGGGCUCCAAACAGACGUUCAUCAUUAAACAUCUGGCCUGGCUCAUUGGCAGCCUGGGAGUCCUCCUACUGGACUUCUUUGUAACUGCCCAGUUCAUCAUGUACAGAAAAAAACACCCUGCUAAAAGCAAAACGCUGCUCAGCGUUCCAGAGGUGGAGCCUCUGCUUUGUGAGGAGGAGGAGCUGUCAGUGUUGUAGGAAACAGCACGGACACCGACUUAGUCAAGAAGAGACUGGGAGCAAACACACCCACAAGAGGAAGCUUUGAGUCAGAUGUCUUUAAACAGAUGCAAGCUUCAUGGAAGAACAAAGUGCCUGUUCACAUUAUGACAAGGUAUAUACAACUGUAGCAGAUUGUACAAGGUUUUUUUUCUCAGAUCGUGGACAAAUCGUUUGUUUGCUCAUGGUUUUCUUUUCUGCAUGGUUAGCUGUGGCUGACGGGAAGUUGUCAUUAUCAAAAUAUUUGCUCACUAGACUUAUGUUUUCAGUGCAUUAGAAUUAGACAGGAUAUUUAUGUGUACAGGUUUCAAAGGGAUCAUCUCUGCUUUCCUUAAGAAAGACUUGGUGCCUUUUAUAAGCUUAUUAUAGUCUUAUAAUAUAAAUGCACUGUAUAUCUAUUUGUGUGCGUGUGUAGCCAGUAGCAUUAACAGUGUUAAGUUUCCUCUUAAUGGCGUUUUCUAAGACAUUACUAUUCAACAAUGAUAGAUCUAGAAAUAGGAACAUUUUUAUGAUUUUAUGGAGAUAUAAAAUUGACAAACCUCAAAAUGUUUGUUCUCAGUCAUGAGGUUUAAACAGAAGCGUCUCAUGUCAAGUCUAACUUUCUUUGUUUUUUUUAACACCCCUCAAAUGUUAACUUCAAUAAAGAGUAAUACUUGACGAAUUAGAGAUAAUAUGGAUUUAGAUAAUUAACUAAUGUCUGUUCAAUGUUGUACUAAAUCUUGUGACACAGUGUGUGAGAAGUGGUGUUACAGUUUGACCAACUAUUGAACUAACUGUACCUGAGAUCUGCAGAUUCCUCUACCUCAUUAUUCUAUGGACAUGUUUAUUACUCCCAUUGUUUCAUUGUGAGCUGCCUUGAAAUCUGGCCACUAUGCUUAGGAAAUUGAUUUAUUUAGAAAAUUCUAAUUUAUUCAACAACAUUUGAAAUAAACGUUCCUCGUUGUCACCAAAUAAACCUGAGCAACAUGAUUGACCUUUUUUCUAGUCUCAGACGGAGAUGCAAUAAUGUUAAUUUAUGUAAAUUCUAUAGGAUUUGUUAAGACUUUGUUUACUAAUUAAUUUGUUUCCGUAGUAAAUGUAGUUUUUGCUAACUAUUUUUGUAUUGCACAAUUUAUACUUCAAAACCUUCUGAAUGAGUCUGAUGUACUUUUUCAAUCCAGAACAAAUAAUUUGCUAUUUAUUGAAUAUACUUCCACUAUAACUAUGCUGUAUUUAUAAUACUGUAGUUUUUUACUUAAAUGGUGAUGUAUUGUUGUAUUUAUUUUCUUAUAACAUGUACUUACAGAUGUGCACAUCAACAAAUACAUUGUAUUGCAUUCUGAGCUCUGUGACAAUGUCUUCUAAAUCUGAACAAAACAAGCAUUUACUGUAUGUAGCCUAUAUGGAACAAAAGUUGAAUAUGAUAUUUGACUGUUGAUUUUGUGUGAAGAAGUAUCAUCUGCUCAUUUGAACACAUAUUCAAGUUUUAUUCAGUGAUGACGGAUUGUUCUUUUACACUUUCCACAAACACUAACCUACACUGAACAUGUUAGUUUAUUUAGUUAAUGCAUCCCAAAUUAUUACUCAAAUGGUUAAAAUAUUUGUCCUGAAGGGAAAAGUCAUGACUUCAGUUUGAAUUGUUUGUAUUCUUAUGAUUAAGGUUAUUUAUUUAAAAGGGACAAAUCACAUUAUGUAAAAAUGUGCCAUAUUUAGCCACCCAGGCUACUUUUCAUCUGCAGUCCCUUGCAGAUUGAUAAUAAAACAAUACACAUAAACAAGUAUAUAAAAACACAAAAGUACAAGCCACAGGACCAAAUAGUCACGGUUUGUAGUGAUCAGAGGAUGGGGCCAUAGUAUCAAGGUCCCGUCAAUACACAAUAACUAAGUAAAAGUCUCCUCACAUCUUGUAUUACAUGUGAAAUACUCCUGUAGUAAUUUAGUGGUUUUGAUUACCCACAGCUCUGUGUGGAAAUGUUUGUUUCUAAGGAUACAAUCUAUUUUAUGUAGAAUUUGGAGGCAAACCUUUCUGAAAGUGUCAGAUUAUUCUAGUAAAAAUCUUACAUCCAUACUUGGCAGUACCCCUUCCUUCAUGUAUAUAUGCAUAACCUUGUCAACUUUUUUAUGUCACUGAAAUGUAUUGGUAAAAUAAAAAAAAAAAUUAAACAAACGUGUACAUCCAUAUCCUGGUCUUUGCUAUUUUAAGAGUUUUGUACCUUGCUACUUUGUUUUCUCCAUUGUGUUGUCUAUAUUUCAUUUGAAUCCAUCG